ACAAAGUCAAUCUAAAUUUAUGCAAAAUCUAUCAAAUAAAGUGAUUCAAGAAAAUGUCAUUUUCCCUUCAAAAAUAUUAAAUUCCAUGAAACAAAACCCUCCUCAAUGUGGAAGCCCGGGAAGGAACAAAAAUGUAAAACGAGCAACUACUUUUCUAAAGUGUAAGCGGCGUUGUUUACCAAAACCAAAAGGUAAUAUUUCAUUCCUCAAUAUUGAGCAAACCAAAACAUUUAUUUUGCUCUGAUUUUCCCCACUAUCCAACUCUUUCAUGGCUGUCAAGUUUCAGUCUCAGACACUGAUUUGUCUCAACCUGGUGGUUGUGUUUUUCAUCUCUGUCUUACCUUUCGCUUAUUCCCAAGGUUCUCCUCAAAAUAUUGAAGUUUUCUACCCAAUUGAAACUCCAUCUCCUGCUCCAGAACCAAUUUCACCAAAACCUUCAAGUUUUUUUCCAAGUUCUGCAAGACUACCAGAUUCACAACCGCCGCCCCGAUCACCAUCAUCUUCUUCGAAUGACACCAAUAGUACUAUUGCAAAGGCAGUCGCUGCAACUGCUGCAAGCACUGUAGUUAUUGCAGGGGUAUUCUUCUUUUUCAUUAGAAGAUAUGUUCUUGCACAGCGCAAAAGAGAGAGAGUUGGGGAUAGUUUCCAGGAAGGUCAGCCUAGAGUGCCUCCAGAUGAGUUUGCAAGAGUUAAUGGCAAUAUAAAGGGGUUAAUUGUAGAUGAGAAUGGUUUGGAUGUGAUUUAUUGGAGACAGCUUCCAGACGGAGAAAACAAGAACGGGUUUCAUAAAGAGAUUUUGCAUGGUCAAAAGGAUGAAGGAGGAGGAGGAAUGGUUCGAAAAGGAUGUCGAAGCAAGAAGGUAAAACCUGUACAAGAAAUUCUUCUGUUUCGUGGGAAGUCUUCCACUUCCCAUGUUCCACCAGCUGAAGAUGAUGAUUCAAGUGAAAAUAUUGGUCCUCUACCCCCUUCCCCGUCUCAUGGGAUUGUCCUAAAAAAUGUUGCGAAAACGGAUGCAACGGUUCAAUCAAAAAUUUUGCCUCCAGCAUCAAUGCCACCUCCACAACCCCUAAUCCCACCACCUUUGUUACCAAUUCAAAGCAAUAAAAGUACAGUUACACCUCAGCCUCCACCUCCACCAGCUCCAGCAAAUAGAACUCCUGCACCUCUGCUAGUUCCAGUAAAAAGACCUGCCCCACCACCUCCGCCUCCUAAUAAAGUGGGUGGUUCAGCUAUGUCUUUGAAACCUCCUCCAGGGGAGUCUUCUGCAGAGAGUGCCACAGAAAAUGGAAAUAAUGAGGUCAAAUUGAAGCCAUUGCGCUGGGAUAAGGUGAACAAGAACGUUGAUAAUCCGAUGGUGUGGGACAAAAUCAAUGGCGGGUCUUUUAAGUUUGAUGAUGAUCUUAUGGAAGCUUUAUUUGGAUAUGUUGCAACAAAUAGGAAAUCCCCUACUAGUAGUAGUAAUUCAAAGAAUACAAAGAGUACUAACACUAGCUCAUCAUCACAAAUCAUGGUGCUUGAUGCCCGAAAAUCCCAGAACAUAGCAAUUGUGCUCAAAUCUCUGGCUCUCUCUCGUAGGGAACUCCUUGAAGCCCUAAAUGAAGGCCAAGGGCUUGAGGCAGAUACUGUUGAAAAGCUCAUGAGAAUUGCCCCCACAGAAGAGGAACAAUCCCAAAUCCUUGAUUUGGAUGGAGAUCCAUCAAGACUUGCCGAUGCUGAAUCCUUUUUGCUGCACAUUUUAAAAGCUAUUCCAUCAGCCUUCACUCGUCUUAAUGCCAUGCAAUUUAGAUCAAACUAUGACUCGGAAAUUCUCCACAUGAAGGAGUCUUUACAAACACUAGAGUUAGGAUGCAAGGAGCUUCGCUCUCAAAGACUGUUUAUGAAACUCCUGGAAGCAAUACUCAAGGCUGGCAAUCGCAUGAAUGCUGGAACUGCCCGAGGGAAUGCUCAAGCUUUUAACCUUACAUCUCUACUUAAGCUCUCUGACGUUAAAAGCACUGAUCAAAAGACUACUCUACUCCACUUUGUGGUAGAAGAAGUAGUCCGGUCUGAAGGAAAGAAAUGUUUUGUCAGCAGAAGUCGUAACCUGAGUCGCAGUGGCAGCCGAAGCAGCAAUAGUAGCUCUGAUCAUUCAACAUCAAAAGAGGACAGAGAGAAGGAAUAUAUAAUGCUUGGCUUACCAGUAGUAGGAGGCCUCAGUGCUGAGUUCACUAAUGUGAAGAAAGCAGCCACAAUAAAUUUCAUCACAUUCUCUGGCACUUGUUCAGCUCUUACUGCUCGUGUGGAAGAAAUUAAACAGCUUGUGUUGCAAUGUGCAGCCGAUGGAAAAGGGGGAUUUGUGCAAGAAAUGGAAGGGUUUAUUGAUGAUGCUGAAGAGGAACUAAAGGUUAUAAGAGAGGGGCAAAAAAGAGUGAUGGAUCUUGUAAAAAGAACCACAGAGUAUUACGAAACAGGGGCUUCAAUGGAUCCUUUCCAAAUAUUUGUUAUAGUUAGAGACUUUCUAAGUAUGGUCGACCUGGUCUGUGUAGAAAUAGCUAGGAAUCAGCAAAGGAGGAAGUCAUUAACGGCAGAUUAUGGAUCACAAUCACCAAAUUCACAAGAAUCAAGAACCAAAAUGAGGUUCCCAAUCUUGCCUGCAAAUUUCAUGAAAGGCAAGUCCAAGAGCAAUUCUAGCGAAUCGGAUGUAGGUUCAUGAAAAUGAACAGGUCUUCAUCACAAAGGCAGUGUACAUAAACUUCAUAGACAAAUUCUAUAUUCGGAUCAAGAAAAGCAAAAUGAUUUUUGAAUUCUUCCAUUUGUUUUGUACCAAAUACGAAUAGGUAAAUAUAUUGAAGUCUGAUUUUUCUGAUUCAAACUUGUUCCAUUGAGUAAGCACCGGGAAAAGCAUACGAUUUUUGGACUUAAAAGUUCAAAAAAUAAGAAGACUGAUUUACAUGAUCAAACAGAAAGAAUGGACCAUGGUAUUAAGAAAUUUUGUAUUCAAGUGUGCAGCUACAAAAGAUCAUGCAUCAGUGAACCUAAUAUUAGAUUAUGUAAAUCUGUCAGGAUAUGUUAAUGAUAAUGAUAAUGUAAAAAAUUCAGAAGUUAGAACUAACUAUGACUUACCAUGCAAAGAAUCAAUUAGUUGAUCCAUAUGUCAAACUUCAUUGUUUGGUCAAUGAAAUUAAACAGGAAUUCUGCCAUCACUCCACUUAAAUUUUUUGCAUAAUCAGUUUUUUUGGGGAGUUAGGUGCGUGUCAAGUAUGAUAUCACCUCAUCAUGUAGUAUCACCAAAGCUGUACAUCUCAUGUCUCAAUUUCAGCGGUGGAAUGUCAAAGAAAUACAUAGCCAUUUGUGUCACUAUCAGUUCCCACAUUGGCUGUUAAAUUAUAAAUCUCCUAUGAAAAGAUGGCGAAUCCAUACUUGCUUUGUUUAUUUCUAGUUUUUUCCGCUCUGGGAGGAAAGAGUUGUUGAGUCUCAACUAUGUCAGUGUCAUGAUAGCUACAAUGUAACACAACCAUGAUCUAAAACAA